AUGAUUAUUUCAAUUCUUUUUUUUUUUUUGCAGGUUCCGUUCAACGGCAAAUUGCAUACGUCUGGUGUUGGGCAAAUCCACCAUAGCAACGCACCUUCCACUUCAUCCCAGCAUGUGCAGCUGUUUUCAGCCAGGAUUACACUAUCAUUUUCAGUGCUUUUCUCAUCUAUCUAUCGAUCAUUCUAUCUAUCUAUCUAUCUAUCUAUCUAUCUAUCUAUCUAUCUAUCUAUCUAUCUAUCUAUCUGUUUACAGCCAUCUAUAUUUCACGUGAUUACCAACUGGACUGAAGAAAGCAACAAACGAUUUGUGAUUUUUUCGUCUUUUAACUCUCUCUCUCUCUCUCUCUCUCUCUCUCUCUCUCUCUUUCAUUUUGUCUCUUUAUUUGUUUUAUUUAUCCAUACUUUAUGCGUAUGUCAAAAUGUCUGUACCCUGGUUUUUGCCACGAUGAACCUUUCUGUCUAG